GCAGCGCAGGGAGCAGCCCGCCAUGUCCCGCUUCUUCCAGACUCUGUCUAACACGCGCAAGUCCAGGCAGGGGGGAGCAAGGAUCGAAAAGGCGCAUUUAAGCCAAUGGGGGCUGACAGGUAUUCAUCUACGCCCCUAUCAGAUGGAAGGCGUAAACUGGCUGACACACUCCUAUGGAACCUGGCAUGGCUGCAUCCUGGGCGAUGAAAUGGGUCUUGGGAAGACCUGCCAGACUAUUUCUCUGCUUGUUGUCUUAAGUGGGAAGCUGAACAGAAGGCCCUUUUUGAUCCUUUGUCCUCUGUCAGUGUUAAACAACUGGGAAGAGGAACUAAAAAGGUUUUCUCCAAGCCUUUCAUUCGUGACAUAUUCAGGAGAUAAGGAAGAAAGGGCCGGGCUACAGCAGCACUUGAACUCAAAUCAUGAUUUUCACGUUGUGCUGACAACUUAUGAGAUAUGCUUAAAAGAUGCAGCACUUCUAAAACGUUUUAACUGGGCUUGCCUCAUUGUGGAUGAAGCUCACAGACUGAAGAAUCAGGAUGCAUUGCUUCAUAAAACACUCUUGGAGUUUUCAACAGAUUUUCGCCUCCUGCUGACAGGCACUCCCAUUCAGAACAAUCUGCAAGAGUUAUACGCCAUGCUUGCUUUUAUUGAACCAGUUAUAUUCCCCAGGGAGUUAGUGGAAGAAUUUGUUGACUAUUACCAUGAAAUUGGAAAGGAAAGCAAAGCAGUCAAAGAACUGCAUAGUCUAUUGCAGCCGUUUUUGCUCAGGAGAGUGAAGGAGGAAGUUGCAGUGGAACUCCCAAAGAAGGAGGAGGUUGUUCUCUACCAUGGAAUGUCAGCACUGCAGAGAAAGUUUUAUAAGGCUGUUUUGAUGAAAGACCUAGAUGCAUUUGAAAAUGAAACAGGGAAGAAAGCAAAGCUCCAGAAUGUGUUAAUUCAACUCCGGAAAUGUGUAGCUCAUCCAUAUCUGUUCAAUGGUGUGGAACCAGAGCCCUUUGUCAUUGGGGAUCAUAUCAUUGAAGCCAGCGGGAAGCUGAGCUUGUUGGAUAAACUUCUUCCUUUCCUUUAUGUAGGUGGUCAUCGUGUAUUGCUGUUUUCCCAGAUGACCCAAAUGCUGGAUAUUCUGCAAGACUAUAUGGUUUAUAGAGGUUACAGCUAUGAGCGCCUGGAUGGAUCUGUCCGAGGUGAAGAAAGGCAACUUGCCAUUAAGAACUUUGGUCAGCAGCCCAUUUUUGCCUUCCUCCUGAGCACCAAGUCAGGUGGAGUUGGCAUCAAUCUAACCGCAGCAGACACCGUUGUUUUUGUUGAUAGUGACUUUAACCCACAAAACGACUUGCAAGCAGCAGCAAGAGCCCACAGGAUUGGCCAGACGAAGCCUGUAAAAAUUAUUCGCUUGAUUGGGAGAGACACUGUAGAAGAAAUAAUCUACCAACGAGCAGCAUCAAAACUCCAGCUAACCAAUGCUGUCAUUGAAGGUGGCCAGUUCGCCCUUGGAGCCCAGAAAUCAGAGGAAGCCGCAGACGUCCAGCUGAGUGAAAUCCUGAAGUUUGGGUUGGACAAACUGAUGUCAUUGGAUGGAAGCACCAUCUGUGAUGUGGAUCUAGGAAGUGUCCUUGGGGAGACAAGAGGAGGAAGAUGGUCAAUGGAUCCUGUGCUGUCGAUUGCAGAGGGAAAUAAGGAGCAAAAUGUACGAAGCCACAUAUACCUAUAUGAAGGCAAAGACUAUUCCAAGGAACCUAGCCAAGAAGACAAGAAAGCCUUUGAUCAGCUGCUAAGUCUUCAGAGAGUUCACCUUGAAGACACCAGUCAAGAAGGAAGAUCUCUUCGAAAUAAAGCAAAUGUUCUUCUCAUGGGCAUUCAGAUGGAACCUAGUAAGAAAAGGCGCAAAUUGAGUAUAGAAGAACUGGAGGUCCAGCAGAAAAAACUGCAGGAGGCAGCAGCAAAGAAGGCCAGCCUGAGGGAAGAAAAGAGGCAGAAGAAGGCAGAAGCUGAACACCAGAAGAAGAUGGCCUGGUGGGAGGCUAAUCACUACAGGUCUUACUGUCUUGAGUCAGAAGACAGCAGUGAGGAGGAGGAGGAGAAAGAAGGUAGGCUGGAUGUGGAUUUGGAGUGUACAGACCCAGACCUGAGCUCCAUCAAGUAUGUCAUGGGUGAUGUUACCCAUCCUAUGGCAGGAGAAGAGGACGCCAUUAUUGUGUACUGUGUAGAUGACUCUGGCCGCUGGGGAAGAGGAGGCUUGUUCACAGCUUUAGAGAAUCGAUCUGCCCAACCCAAAAAAAUAUAUGAGUUGGCAGGAAAGAUGAAAGACCUAACGUUGGGAGGAACUCUUUUAUUCCCCAUUGAUGAUAAGGAAUCCAGAAACAAAGGACAAGACUUGUUGGCCCUUGUUGUAGCACAACACCGAGACGGUUCCAACAACUUGUCUGGAAUUAAGCUCCCUGCUUUGGAAAAAGGAUUAAAAAAAAUUUACCUGGCAGCCAAGAAAAAGGAUGCGAGCGUCCACCUGCCACGCAUUGGAUAUUCAACCAAAGGCUUUAAUUGGUAUGGAACAGAGCGUCUGAUCCGCAAAUACUUGGCAACAAGAAGAAUCCCUACAUUCGUAUAUUACUUUCCUAAAACUAAAGUAUCAUCUUCUUCGUAAGAAUCCACAAUAUUGUUGCUAACUUUGCAACCUUCAGGAAUUGAGCAGAAAUAACUCCUUGCAAUGCAUAAAGCUCCUUCUUGCUGUAUGUUAAGCCAGUUAGCGUUCAUGUGACUUUCUUGAAUUGUUUUUGGAAAGCACAUACACCUGUGCCUCUGGAUCUGAGUGUUUCUAUAUUAGUGGGAUGAAAUG